AUGCUUUCGAAGGAGGAAGAUUAUAUAGACAACGAGUAUUACACUAUGAAUCGUCAUUUUUUUCGUCUAAUUGGAUUGUGGCAAGGUCAGACGUCGUCUAAGAACAUAAUUUAUAUUUAUUUCAUUAAUUUAGUACUAGCAGUUGCAUCAAUUUGGCAGAUACAACUUUUGUUCACGUCAGAAAGAAAUCUAAUGUCGAUCACCAAAUUGCUGGAAACGCUUUUGCCUAUACUAUGUUUCAGCUGUUGCUAUUGCAAUCUAUUGUUGAAUGAUAGAGUUAUGAAGAAAAUUCUUUUCCGUAUCAAGUCCGAUUGGGAUGACCUAGCAGACAAACCAGAACUAAUGAUAGUGAAGAAAUAUGCUGAAAUUAGCAGAAUUUGUACAAUAAUAAUCGCAGUCACGUGCACGGUAGGAAUUGCUAACUAUUCCAUGUUUAUAGCAAUUGUACAACAUGCAUGUGCACUUUUCUCCAUUGUCCAAUGGAAGGUUAAACAUAGAUACGAAAAAAUUCCACAUAAUUCUUAUUAUAUAAAUGUUGAAAGUGAAUUAACCGACGAAAACGGAUGGAUAGUCGAUCUCAUAAAAUUCUAUAAAAGAGCGAUCGAGUUUGUCGAUUUAUUAAAAUCUUUUUACGAAUCCGUUCAAAUAAUCGCAGCAUUAUUGUCGUUUACAUUUGCCCUUGUUGAUUAUAUUUACCUAUUUCAGUUAUUGUCUUUUAGCGUUAAUCGAAUCGAAGGAAUUGAGAAGCUCUUGUAUAUUGUUUGUUCCAUGUUUGUAAUAUACAUUUAUACUUACGUCGCUCAAAAUUUAAUGGAUCACAAUGCUAACGUAUUUUUAAUAUUUUGCCAAUUUCCGUUUUAUUCGUUAUCAUUGAGAAAUCAAAAAUUGUUACUCUUCUUGACAAUGUAUAGCAUGAGACUGUGCGGUAUAUCCCUUAUUGGCGCAGUGUUUAUAUCCCACGAAUUAUUCGCAAAUGAGACUUAUUUAAUUGACUCACCCCGUACAUUCACUCGCACUUAUGAAGGAACGAUCGAUUAA